AUUCUGUCAAUUCAUAUAAAUUCUGCCCUUUUAGAUCCAAAAUAAAUUUUAAUCAUUUACAAAUAUGCCUCCCUUGAUUUCUUCGUUGUCUCAACGUGCUUUACACGAUGUAUGCCUUACUCCCAAAUGUGUAGAGAUCGCUGAAUCUAUUUUGUCAUCUGUUAAUUUGAAUGUGGAUCCGUGUUCUGACUUCUUUCAGUAUACAUGCGGAAACUGGCUGCUUUCUGAUGAAAUAAAGGACACAGUUGAAGAAACUUCCCUUAUUCGGAUGACGAAGAUAAAAAAUAAUGAUAUGUUCCUUGGAUUUUUGGAAGGAACAUUUGAAGAUCUUUAUGAUACAAUUAAAUCGGAAGACCCACUUUAUCAUACACAAGAUAUGAUGAACAGUGACAAAAAGAACUUUCAACUGACUAAAUCAUAUUAUGAUGCGUGUAUCGACACGGAACUAAACCUUCAAUUGGGAUCCACUCCUUUGUUCCCUUUUCUUGCCAAAAUCGAAAAUGAUUUGUUUCCUAUCACAGAGAAUCCCGUACCGGAAAGAUUGGCCGAGACAAUUGCCGCAUUGACGCUUCGCGGAGUACCUAGUCUUGUAGGUAUUGAGGCUAUGAUCAACACAUACGAUCAUGAUUAUCUUGUGCUACAAAUCUUGCCAGGAUUGACCGAUAACUUAACUGUCUAUGAGAACAUUGACCAAUUAGAGUCUUAUAGACAGGAAAUAAUUGACCUUUUAACUCAUACAGUAGGAGACGUGUCCGAAUUGGAUCAAGAUUACGGAGAAUUCGUUUUGCAAGAAAGCCAAAAGAACAAUUUUACCCUUUGGUCUGCUUCUAAAAUCGAAAUUGCCGCUAGUAACUUUAUCAAUUUUGAAAUCAAACUAGCAAAUAUAGUAAAUGAUGAGGCUGUAUUCAACGUUACUAUUGACCACCCAUAUACAUUGAAAGAGAUUGAAUCAAUAAAUCCUACUAUCGAUUGGAAAACAUUGGUCUCAACUUUGGUCUCAGCAGAAUAUCCCACUCCUGAUUUACCAGUUAAAUAUCUAAAAGAGUAUAUGGAAGAUCUUGAGGAAUUGCUAACAACAACAUCAGUAAAAAUAUUACAAGAGUACUUUAUUGUAAGAAGUAUCCAAGCUACUACCAGCAUACUUAGCAUCCCUAAAAGUGUUCAAUCAUCUACAAUAACAAGUUUUUUGGAACCGUUCCCGCAAGUUGCAAUGUUUAGAGCACCGACUGGAAAGGAACCUGGGUCUGCAACUAAGAGGACAGCAUGCGCAUACGAUACAAGUAUCAAGUUUUAUGACAUUUUUGGGCGCUUCUUUUCUUUGAGCUCUUUAGGUGCUACCGACGAAGUGAAGAAAGCUGAAGACAUGGCCCGUUUCGUACAUUCAACCUGGCUCCAUGACAUGCUACCCGAAACAUCUUGGGCCGACGAAGAAACCAAAGCAAAAAUUAUUGAAAAGAUCGAAAAGUUAAUCCUAAAAGUGGCCAUCAGAAGCAAAACACCAGAUUGGAGGGAUCCUUCUUCUCUCGAGUUACUAUAUGACAAUGUAACUCUUGAUGACAGCGAUGGUUAUUUUUAUAAUUCUAUUUUUAUGACUAUCCAGGAGAAUACCAAGAAUUUCAAAUCUUUAUUGAAGAAACAAUACAGAGGCGACUACGUAAAAACAGACUACGCACCAUCUUUAGCUAACGCUUUCAACCACUACUAUUCUAAUUCAUUAGAAAUUCUGAUUGGUAUACUCCGAAAGCCUUUCUAUAGCAUAGACUAUCCGGAAUACUUAAACUAUGGUGCUAUUGGUUAUAUCAUUGGUCAUGAAUUAGUACAUGCCUUAGAUAAUACUGGAAAAAAUUUCAACGCGACAGGAUAUCUGGAAGACUGGUUUACAGAGUCUUCAACCAAAGCGUACGAUGAGAAGGCACAAUGCUUUGUCGAACAGUACAAAAAUUUUACAUUGACUGGGCUAAAUAACACUGAAUAUCCGCUGGAUGGAGAUGUUCAAUUGGGAGAAAAUAUUGCAGACAGCGGUGGAUUAAAUAUUGCGUUUCGUGCAUACCAGAACCAUGUGCUUAAGCAAGGACCUGAUCAGCUCUUACCGGGUCUAGAGCAUUUGACUCCAGAACAAAUGUUUUUUAUAGGUCAUGGUCGUUCUUUCUGUGAAAUCACGGCAUUAAGUGACGCCAAAGAGACUGCGGAGGACGUACAUUCUCCCUGGUAUUAUAGAGUUAUCGGUGGUUUGCAGAACAAUCCCAAUUUUGCCAAAACAUUCAAUUGUCCUGUUGGGUCUCCGAUGAAUCCAGCUAAAAAGUGCUCCUUAUGGUAGCCGUAUCCGGUUUUUUAAAUUGGCUGUAUUUCUAUAACCUGACUGUUGUCUUGAACCUCUUGCAAAU